AUGACACUGUUCAGUCCCAGAUACAUGAAUGUGAGUGGAGAGCUGAAGUCCGGCCGCUCCAGAGCUGCGAGCAAAAGGACCAGCACUGAGUCAUACGGAUCUGACGCAGACCUGGACUAUGACUAUCAUGAUGAUUACUAUGACAGAGUAUAUGAUACGCAGCGGGUGCCAGCUUCCUCCUCUCCAGUGCCGCAGGGAGCUAGUCCAGCUAAACGUCUCCGCUCCUCAUGCUUCUCCUCCAGACACAGGCGCAGUCGGGACAGAAGCCGCUCCAAAUGCUCCAGACCUCGCUCCUCAAGUUCAAACACAGCCAAGUUGGGCUUGGAGGAGCUGCAGGUGAUAAAGAAGGAGCUGACUCUGAUAAAGACGCAGAUCGAUGGGCUGCUCGACAGUCUUGACAGGAUGGACACACAGAGGACUGAGCACAAAGACUCUCCCCAUAUAAUGGACAGUCCAGCUGGCUCUGCAUACUCUCCAUCAGGCAGUAGCCCUGAACACUCCCCCUCUCUGUCUCCUCUCUACCACCGAGUCCACAGGGAGAGCCCAGAGCGGGAGGCCGAUGACCACCACACAGUGAUCAUUCGUAAUUCUGACGGAGAAAUAUGA